GACGCUGCAUUCUCAGACCGACACUCAUUCAACGCACCCACCGCCGCCUUAAGCAGAUUAGCUGUUGCGCCGCCUGCGUUGCUCCUGCCUCUCCAUCAUGUUGAGGAUGCUGAAACACCACCUCCACCCGGGCGUUCUGCUCCUGCUGGUCUGGCUCUGCCACCUCAUGGAGGACCGCAAAGUUCAAGCUGGCAACUGCUGGCUGCAGCAGGGGAAGAACGGGAGGUGCCAGGUGCUCUACAUGCCCGGGAUGAGCCGGGAGGAGUGCUGCAGGAGCGGCAGACUGGGGACCUCCUGGACGGAGGAGGACGUCCCCAACAGCACGCUGUUCCGCUGGAUGAUCUUCAACGGCGGAGCCCCAAACUGCGUACCAUGCAAAGGUGGAGAGACCUGCGACAACGUGGACUGCGGGCCCGGCAAGCGGUGCAAGAUGAACAGGCGGAGCAAGCCGCGCUGCGUGUGCGCGCCGGACUGCUCCAACAUCACGUGGAAGGGGCCGGUGUGCGGCUCCGACGGGAAGACCUACAAGGACGAGUGCGCGCUGCUCAAGUCCAAAUGCAAAGGCCACCCGGACCUGGAAGUUCAGUACCAGGGAAAGUGUAAGAGUACGUAAAAAAAAAAGGAAAAAGAAAGAAAACGAAGGGAAGAGGAAAAAUGGUUCUUCUUACUUAUUGUUGCUACUUUAGCCAUGGAUUUUGUGGUGUAGCUGGUUGGUUUGGAUGAUAAUAAAUGAUGAUGAUGAUGGUG